CACCUUUCGAUUUAGUUUUGUAGUGUCUCUGACUUCGGUGAUCGGCAGUAACUUAAAAUGUAAACUUAUAAAGCGCCGCUGCAGUCACAUUCAAGGCUUCAGUAGUGUCUCUUAACGCCGCGCUGUGUUGUACCUCAUUCGGUUUGUUUUUUGCGACGGCAGAAUUUAGUACUUGAAUACAUUUUUCUUAUAAAUUAAAGCAAUGGAUCUGUUAAGUUUAAUAAUAAUUUCACUUAUUUUGUGCUCAAGCGCCAAUGAGGCGGAAAUUGACGAGGAAGCAACGAUCUUGUACAAAAUCGAGCCAUUACCAAACUCUUACGCCCACUUCGGUGAAGGUCCUCACUGGGAUAUCGAGACGCAGAGUCUCUACUAUGUCGAUAUUGAUGCUGGCAAAAUAUUACGCUAUGACUACCAGCAGAACAAGGUGUACCAUAGCAAAAUCGAGGGUAUAGCUCUAGCCUCCUUCAUCGUGCCCAUUGAGGGUCAGAGUGGCAAGUUUGUCGUUGGAUCCGGACGCAGUGUAAUAGUUGUUUCAUGGGAUGGUGUUUCCGAGACAAGCAAAGUAGAUCGCGUACUCUUUUCAGUGCUACCCGGUGAAAAAUAUGUUGUUUAUCGCUUUAACGAUGGCAAAGCCGAUCCACGCGGUCGCCUCUUUGCCGGCACUAUGCGUUAUGAGGGCGAUGUGCUUAAUGAUCGUUCGAACGAAUUGUACAAAUAUGAAAAGGGUAGCAAAGUAACGGUGGUGAAGACGGAUGUGAGCAUUUCCAAUGGUUUGGCUUGGAACGAGCAGACGAAGAAAAUGUACUAUAUUGACACGUCCGACUGUAACGUGAAAGAGUACGAUUAUGACUUUGAUGCCGGUGUACCAAGUAACCCAAAAGUUGUUUUAAAUUUGUGUAACUCGAACCCGCAGGACAAUCUGUGGCCCGACGGUUUAACCAUUGACAGCAAAGGAAAUCUCUAUGUUGCCAUAAACAAUGGACAUGCCAUUUACAAGGUCAACCCAAGCACCGGCAUAGUUCUUCUGGAAAUCAAGUUCCCCACCAAGCAAAUUACUUCAGCCGCCUGGGGUGGUCCCAAUCUCGAUAUUUUGUAUGUGACCACAUCGGCUUCACCUAACCUACCCGCACCGGCUGGCACCACUUACAAAGUUACCGGCUUAGGCGCGAAGGGUUUACCAAUGUCAAAGGUUCAACUUUAAUUGUAGUUGUUAUUCCCUGGUAAAAUAAUAGAUUUGAAGCAAUUAAUAACAUAUUUGUAAAAGAUAUAACUGAGGUUUAGUAAAUGUAAGUUGUUUCUG